AAAAAUCAAAACAAAAUACCAAAAUGAAAUACACAGGUAAAAUUGAUUCUUGCGCACAUGAGAAUCCGAUUUAAGGAGCUUUUCCCCUUCUCUUCUUCCCGUCGAUUUUCUGAUCCGAAGGGACACCGUCCUCCGCUCCACCACCGCCCACCGGUGUCUGUUUUCAGAUGCCAAUCUAGGGUUCUCGAAGCUCCGUAAAAUCCUCUCCUUUGAGUUCAUCUUACAAAUAUUCAUAUGACCAGAACCAGCAAAAAACGACGCCAUGGCUACCCACAUCCCAACAAUCCCUCUUCUGCCAACCCAAUUCGCCAUAAACCCCAACCCGCCAAGAAGCUGCAUUCUUCCUCCAACCCAACUCACAGAAUCCCCAAUUCCCCAACCCCAAUUCACAAAACGCUCAAUUCUUCAGCCGUAGCUCUGUUGCCGGCGAACCCACGUACCCAAACCCCAGUAGCAAAGCACCCAACCUUCGCCUCGUACCUCGACACUCCGAAUCUGCCUCCGAAAAUCGGACUUCUCUGCGAAAUAUUGGCCAAAACCCACACCCCUUCUGUUGAGGAACGGUUGGAGGAGACCGGUGUUAGAGUGACCCAAGAAGAUGUUGAAGAGGUGCUCAAACUGUCCUACGGGUUCCCGGGCCCGUCAGUGAAGUUUUUCCGGUGGGCCGGUCGCCAGCUCAAUGACUUUCACAGCCCCUAUGCUUGGAACUUGGUUGUUGAUCUUUUGGGCAAGAAUUGCUUCUUUGAUGCAAUGUGGGAUGCCAUCAGUGCCAUGGCGAAAGAAAGGUUACUCUCUUUGGCCACUUUUGCUUCUGUUUUUAGUAGCUAUGUAGUUGCCAAUCGUGUCAAAGAGGCUAUUUCGACUUUUGAGUGUAUGAGCCAAUAUGGUUGUCCUAGGGACAUUGUGGCCUUGAAUUCUCUUCUGAGUGCAAUUUGCAGAGAUGGCAAGACCGCUGAUGCCGUUGAGUUUUUGCGUGUUGCCAAGGUUGAGAUUAGGCCGGACCCUGACACCUAUGCCAUUUUGUUGGAGGGUUUCGAAAAUGAAGGCAAUGUGGAUUGUGCUAGGCAGGUCUUUUCUGAGAUGGUGAUUGAAAUUGGUUGGGACCCCAACAAUGUUCCAGCUUAUGAUUCAUUCUUGAAUACUUUGCUUAAGGGACCUGACGGGAUCCGUGAGGCAGUGAAGGUCUUUGAGACCUUAAAAAAUAGGAGGUGUUAUCCGGGGAUCAGUUUUUUCAGGCUUGCACUGGAUGAGUGUGUCAAGAAGUGCGAUUCUAGGGGAGCAGACACUCUCUGGCAGGCAAUGGUAGGGAGAAUUGGAUGCCAACCUGAUACGAGUAUGUAUAAUUUGGUGAUUUCUUUACAUUGUCGUGAUGGCAAUGUUGAUUUAGCACGAAGGAUGUUCGAUGAGAUGGUGUACAAGGGGGCAUUCCCGAAUGCACAAACAUAUAACAUGGUUUUUAGGCUUUUAAUCAAGGAUAGGAAGUUAAAGGAGGCUUCGGCAUUGUUUACAGAGAUGGUUAAAAAUGAGUGUGUUCCAGAGCUUGCUAAUUGUGACAUAGCAGUAAGGAUUUUCCUGGAUUUUGGGGACCCUUACUUUGCUAUAAAAGUUUGGAAGUGCAUGAUAGAGAAUUACGAUUCUGGCUUGGAGGAUACAGGGAAUUUGUUGGUUGUAGGGCUCCGCGAUUUGAAUAGGAUCCCAGAAGCCGUUAAGUACGCGGAGGAUAUGAUUGCAAGAGGAAUGAAGUUGGACUUUUCGACAUUGUCAAAACUGAAACAGGACCUCUUACGAGCAAGGAAGGAAUACGUGUACGAUGAGCUUUUGAGAAAGUGGAAAGCUCGAUAGGUAGGUUCGAAAUACUUGGAAUCAUAAAUGUUUGCUACAUAGUUGCACUAUUUUUCCUAUGCCAUCUAUAUGCUGUAUCAACUGAUAGAUGUAAUUUCGGAUAGCCAUUUUUUAUAACGAAGAUGUUUGUUCUUUUCUUGUAAGUCUAAUUAUCAGUUUAGCCAGCUAUUUAGACUUCUACUUCAGAUGUAAUGGCAUUGUUGGUUAUAUAAUUUGAUGAAAAUUUAUCCA